AGGGCGGCACUGGGCCCCGACCGAGCUACUCUUUCUUCUUCUGCCUUGCCGUGUGCGCGGUGCGACGGCUGGGACAGGGAAGAAACCACCCAAACCCUCCUCUUCUCCCCUUCUCCGCGCGUCACCUGCCACCGGAAACCCUAGAUCUGCCCCGACCCAUGGAUCCGCAGCAGCCGGAGCCCGUCAGCUACCUCUGCGGAGAUUGCGGAGCUGAGAACACCCUGAAGCCAGGAGAUGUCAUCCAGUGCCGUGAAUGUGGCUACCGCAUCCUCUACAAGAAGCGGACCCGCCGCAUUGUCCAAUAUGAAGCGCGCUGAAGACAAGGAGAAAACACAAUGCUGUUAGUCGUCCCUCUACGAAUGUAAUGAGCUUCCUGGGGAAAAUGGAAAUGUAAGACUGCAAUUUUUGCAUGCUGUGUGUGGCCAUUGUACUAGAGAGAUAUUGCAGUAAUAUGAUUGGUGAUGGGUCUUGACUCUUGAGUGGUGCAGAUCGAUUAGCAUGCGUCAUACCUGUAUUAUUCACGGGCAUUCGCCCCCCAUGAUCUAAAACUGAUGGAAACUUUGUUGUCGGCGUA